UGUGUGUCAUAAGUUAUGCGGAACUUGUGCCUCCUCGCCAGCAUGCUGUUGCUUCCUAUUUACUGAAAGCAUUUGAAGCAGGUUCGCACCGAUACUGCGCUGCAGCUUUUUGCGCUCACAGUAAAUGCGCUGCACAGACGGUCAGCACAAAAACUUUUAGGUCAGGAUGAGCUGACACCAAGAACUGUGAUCAGAUUUGGUCGUUGUUGACCUGAAGUGAACGUGAAUGACUUUUUCUACAUAUUGUUUUUAAAAUAUUUUUUUUUUUAUUUGCCUGCUGUUUGCUUCUUUUUUAUCUUUUUAACUUAGCGCAUAUAUAAGCUUAGUAAACAUGAAGUUUAACGGGUAUCUAAAGCUCCGGAUCGGCGAGGCGGUGGACCUGAAACCGACUACCUUCUCCCUCCGCCACUCUGUCAUCUUCAACAAGGCUCCUCCAGCCAUGGACCCCUACAUUGUGGUGAAGGUGGACGACUACAAAAUUGGGCAGACUCACACCAAGCAGAAAACCAACAUGCCCACGUACAACGAGGAGUUCUGCCUCAACGUGAAUGACGGCAAACAGAUCGAGCUGGCUGUUUUCCACGACACUCCAAUCGGAUAUGAUGACUUUGUGGCCAACUGCACCAUUCAGUUCGAGGACCUCAUCGAAACUUCCAACACAGGGGAGACUUUCGAGGGAUGGAUGGACUUGGAACCAGAGGGCAAGGUGUAUGUGCACAUCACACUCACUGGAUCUUUCGUAGAUGAUGAGGCCGUAGUGAAGAAUUUCAAGCAGUUUACAAGGAAGCGGCAGGGAGCCGUGAGGCGAAGGAUACACCAGGUUAACGGGCACAAGUUUAUGUCCACUUUCCUCCGUCAGCCCACCUUCUGUUUUCAUUGCAAAGAGUUCAUCUGGGGUGUUUUUGGAAAGCAGGGUUACCAGUGUCAAGUGUGUACCUGUGUGGUGCACAAACGAUGCCACCAGCAGGUCGUCACUGUGUGUCCACGCAUGAAGAAAACAGCAAAAGAACCGCCUAUAAAUCAAGGUUUCAGCAUCAACAUCCCUCACAAGUUCAACAUGCAUAACUACAAGUCGCCCACCUUCUGUGACCACUGUGGCUCGCUGCUGUGGGGGAUUGUCAGACAGGGGCUGCACUGUAAAAUCUGCAAAAUGAACGUCCACAUCCGGUGCAAAGGCAACGUUGCUCCCAACUGUGGGGUCAACAGUGUGGAACUGGCCAACAAGCUCGCUGAGAUGGGUCUGCAGGCAGAAGGACUUGCCAAACGGAAAUCAGUGAUGAAAAAUGCAGAACAGACGAGGAAUCCAUCUGAGAGGAGGGAUUGUACGGAAACUCAGCAGCAGUUGCCUCGGCUAGGAAUUUCAGACUUCACGUUCCUUCAAGUGCUGGGCAAGGGCAGCUUUGGCAAGGUGAUGCUGGCGAGAUUAAAUGGCAGAGAUCGGGUUUUCGCGGUCAAGGUGUUGAAGAAGGACAUCAUUUUGCAGGAUGAUGACGUCGAGUGCACCAUGACAGAGAAGAGGGUGCUGUCACUGGCCCGCUGUCAUCCGUACCUCACACAGCUGUACUGCUGCUUCCAGACACCGGACCGUCUCUUUUUUGUGAUGGAGUUUGUGAACGGCGGCGAUCUCAUGUUCCACAUCCAGAAGUCCAGGAAGUUCGAAGAAGGCAGAGCCCGUUUCUACACAGCCGAGAUCACCUCUGCUCUCAUGUUCCUGCACAGCAAAGGCAUCAUUUACAGGGAUCUAAAGUUGGACAAUGUUCUUCUUGACAAAGACGGUCACUGCAAGUUGGCAGAUUUUGGCAUGUGCAAGGAGGGCAUAUUUGAAGGUGUUGCCACGGGAACGUUCUGCGGGACCCCGGAUUAUAUUGCCCCUGAGAUCCUGCAAGAGAUGCUGUAUGGGCCUUCUGUGGAUUGGUGGGCCCUCGGGGUGCUGCUGUAUGAGAUGCUCUCUGGACAUGCUCCUUUUGAGGCGGAAAAUGAAGAUGACCUCUUUGAAUCCAUCCUCAAUGAAGAGAUUGUUUAUGCCUCUUGGCUCAGCACAGAGGCCGUGAAUAUACUGAAAGCUCUCUUGACCAAAAACCCGGCACGGCGUCUGGGCUGUGUGCCCACGGAGGGUGGAGAGGAGGCUGUGACUAGCCACGCUUUCUUCACAGAUAUCGACUGGGAGAAGCUAAAUCGUAGAGAAAUUGAGCCACCUUUCAAGCCCAGGAUUAAAACCCCGGAGGACGUCAACAACUUUGACCCAGAUUUUACUCAGGAAGAGCCCACGCUCACGCCCAUCGAUGACCCUAUGAUCACUUCCAUCAACCAGGAGGAAUUCAGAAACUUUUCCUUUACUUCACCUGAACUUCUAGAGAAUUAAGACUCUGAGACUGAUCCGCCAGCAGUCGUGCGCUCACCCUUACUCUUCUCAGUGUCUGUGCAUUUGCCUAAAACAUUUUCCACUGGCAUGUAAAAUACGGUGCUGACACAUUUCCCAGAGAUAUAACUGUGCGAAAGUGCCAAGCAGCCAGCCAAAACAAGCUUGACAAGGACCCGAGCUGCACCUGAACUGUAAGAACUUGUACCUCAGACCCAAGUGUGGAGUGUGGCCAGCUUUUGAAAUAACAUUUAGUUUUGGCUUCAUUGACACAUUCAUACAAGUGUGUAUGUACGUGUGGACAGGAUGUAUUUUAUUAAGUUGUAUUGUGAUGAAAUUGCUUCUAUUUACUUCAAAUGAAAAAGCACUUUUUUGGAGCCCAGUGGUCUGG